CGAUAAUAUAUUAUACUUUUUAUUUGACGUUUGAAAUUUGCUUACCUGGCGGUAGCUGUUGCAUUAGUGAAUUUAAUUCAAUAACAUUGAACAAUUGGUCAAAUUCCACAGCAUCACACCAACGGCAGAAGGUUCCCAUAACACACGUCUGCACGAAAGUGGCAGUACACAAGGAGACUACUUAAACAACCUAGUUUACGCUAACAAGAACGGUCACCUAAAGGAUUGACUAGGGACAACAAAAGACGCUUAGAUAAGCGGCUCCAACUUUGCCAACAAUAUAAUCAGCUGUAAUUGUAUAAACAAUAACUUCUAUAUUUGUCGCAGGGUUAUCACGAGCAAUAACAAAGAAAUAAAUAGAGUUCCUCUUUUAUGCGUAUACACUAACCAUUUCAGAGCAUACUGCCAAGUACAAAGUUCAAUUGUGCGCCGUCUAAUUAGAACACACAACACAUAUUUCCACCUUUAAAACACAUACAAAAAGCAAAAUGUCGGAGGCACCAGCACAAGAGCGUAAAGCAAAUCCCUUCAAAGCUUUUCUUAGUGGCGGCUUCGGUGGCAUAUGCAAUGUGCUAUCCGGGCAUCCGCUGGACACCAUUAAGGUGCGUCUGCAAACAAUGCCACGGCCAGCGCCUGGACAGGCGCCAUUAUAUAGCGGCACCUUUGAUUGUGCUGCCAAAACAAUUAAGAAAGAAGGUGUGCGUGGACUGUACAAAGGCAUGUCUGCACCACUAACUGGUGUAGCGCCCAUUUUCGCAUUAUGCUUUGCUGGUUACGCGUUCGGUAAACGUGUUCAACAAACUGGUGAAAACACCAAAUUGACUUACUCGCAAAUUGCUAUUGCGGGCUCAUUUUCUGGCUUGAUGUCAACGAUAAUAACAGCGCCCGGUGAGCGUAUCAAGUGUUUACUGCAAGUGCAACAAGCAUCUGGUGGUGAGCGCAAAUACAAGGGUAUGAUGGAUACCGCAGUGCAACUCUACAAAGAGGGCGGUAUACGUAGUGUUUAUAAGGGCAGUUGUGCGACACUUUUACGCGAUUUGCCCGCAAACGCCUUUUAUUUUCUCGCUUACGAGUAUAUACAAGAUAAGGCCAAAGAGCAAACUGGCAGCGAGAAGAUUAGCAUUACUUCGACGAUUUUCGCCGGUGGUGCUGCUGGUAUAGCAUAUUGGUUGGUCGGUAUGCCCGCCGAUGUGUUGAAGAGCCGAUUGCAAACAGCACCGGCCGGCACAUAUCCAAAAGGUAUACGCAGCGUCUUCAAAGAUCUGAUGCGUCGCGAUGGUCCCUUGGCUCUAUACCGUGGCGUUACACCGAUUAUGUUGCGUGCCUUCCCCGCAAAUGCUGCCUGCUUCUUCGGCAUAGAAUUGGCCAAUGAUGCUUUCGAUGCCAUCGCCGCAUUGUUUUAACUGAACAAUUUUCCUAUAAGACUAAAGAAGUUUUUAUAACACUAAAUUUAAAUAGUGCACUUAUAUUUGAAAAAAAAAGUUGCAAAAAUUUUUAAUUAUAAGAAAUUCUAUUUUCGUAAUAAUUGUUAUUUUCACAUUGUUGUUGUAGAAAUAUAUAGAAUAGGCUUUUAUAAUGUAUAGAAGAAUAUGAAAAUAUACACACAUAUUGAAAAGAAA